AUGAAAAGCUGUCACAGUUUGCUACUACUAAUACUCUUCUGGAGGCAAACUAUUGCCCAUGAUACAACAAAUUCUAUAAACAAAGAAUUAUUUGGUACUUCCAUCACGGGACGUUUAAAGCUAUUGGAAAUGGAGCAACAAUUUAUAGAGAAUAUAAAGGCUUACACCAAUAAAAUGGCCGAGAAGGUUAAGAAUCUGCAAGCAUAUAUUGACUCAAUUGAUUUUGUGGUCAGGCAAAGCUUAGAAGAUCGAGAGAAAUAUGUUAGUAAUCCAUUGAAUGCGUUUAGUUUAGUGAGACGAACACAUCAAGAUCUACCAAAAUGGCACAAUUACUCACAGCAAAGUGUGGGAUUGGAGGAACUGUAUGCGUUAGAAGAAAUAAUGGCCAAGGCCCCUGAUGAAAAUUACAUGGAAUACUCUUUACGAGAAAUGCAGCAGCUUGAAAAGACAUACGAUCUUGAGGCCACAGAUUUAGCAAGAGGUCGUCUGCAGGAUAAACAAUACGACAUUAAACUUUCCUUACGAGAUUGCCAUGUUUUAGGUGAGCACAAAUUAGAAAAGGAAGACUAUCAUAGAGCUUCCAUGUGGUUUCGCAUGGCCAUCAAACAUGAACCCGAAGAAAACGCCGAGAUAAUCAAUAAUAUUCUUGGAGAUCCCAGGGAUAAAUUGUAUAUGCAAUAUGCCAAAUCAAUGCUUAUGUUUGGCAUAACUAGGUCAAAUCCCUUACUGACUGUUCAAGAAGUUCGAGCAAUAAACUACAUAGCACUUCAAAAAGCCAGCCUAGCAGACGUAAAAUCACUGGUAUCCCAAUUGCUAAGCCAAAGCGAUGAGAAAAUAGUUUGGGAAAUGAAUUUAAACAAGACAGCCCCAACCGACUACGAAUUGGGAUGCCGUGGGCUGUUUCCCAGGCGGAAGAAACUAGUUUGCAGCUACAACUUCACCACAACUCAAUUUUUGAGACUAGCACCUCUGAAACAGGAAUUGUUGAGCAUGGAUCCUUAUGUUGUAAUUUACCACAACGUUCUUUAUGACGACGAGAUCGCAAAACUCAAUCAGCUUUCGAAGAACAACACUGCCCUUAAUAUCAAUUUCAUCAAGAAUCGCAUCUUUCGACGCAUCACCGACAUGACAGGGUUUAGUUUUCCUCUCACAGAUGAGCUUAAAUUAUCAGACUAUAGACCAUCUGCGCAUUUGGAGACUCACUCAACAGGAAGAUUACUGUGUUAUGCUAACGAUGUGGAGCAGGGUGGUGCGACGGUUUUUCCAAAAUUAAAAAUAUCUGUCUUGCCCCAAAAAGGAAGCUGUUUGUUUUCGCAUAACAGUGAACAGCGCGAUUGUCCAGUUCUUCAAGGAAAUAAAUGGGUUCUUACCAAAGAUGUGGAUGUUGUACACUGAUUUUCCGACCAAAAUGCAACAUAAAAUAAAUUUACGCUUAUUUUAGAUGUAAUAACAUAAAUUAAAAAUAUGUUUUUAUAACUAAUUUAAUAAAAUCA